CAGCGCCUCCUAUUCGAAAAUAUAAUUAUAUUAUUGAACAAUUACAUUAUCUAUAAUAGUCGCACAAUUUUAUCCGUUAUUAUACUAAUUAUUAUAUCACAUUAUUGCAUGAAUAAACAAAAUAACUUAAAUCUAAAGCCACCAUUUUCUCCUGUGAUAUAGUAGAACGCAAGUUAUUUUAUAUUAAUUUUAAUUUGGAGAAAUAUAUUUCCGCAAUAAAUUCGCGGAAAAUUAAACAAAAUAAAAGCAGAUACGGAAAAUUUUCUUUUCAAUUGCUUAGUUGGGUGGACGAGCUCACAGCCCACCUGGUGUUAAGUGGUCAUUGGAGCUUAUAGACAUAUACAACGUAAAUGCGCCACCCACCUUGAGAUAUAAGUUCUAAGGUCUCAGUAUAGUUACAACGGCUGCCCUACCCUUCAAACCGAAACGCAUUACUACUUCACGGCAGAAAUAGGCAGGGCGGUGGUACCUACCCGUGCGGACUCACAAGAGGUCCUGCCACCAGUUACAUAGAGGUAGUUUUUUUUUUUAAACAACUCAAACAAUAUUACACUAAGAAUGUCGUCGUGUAAUAAGUACCUGUAUUGUGCAUUUAAUGCAAUGCGUAAUUUAAAUCAAAUUAACUGUUAUAAACCGAUAUCAUUGGUAUGUGCUUUAAGCGUGUUUCGAUAUGAAUAUUGAGACGUGUUUUUUUUUAAUUUCUAAUUUACGUAACUAUUUAUUUUUAUUUGAUCAGGUGGGGCAGACAGACUAGCUCACGGCUUCGCUCGGUUAAAUAACUAUAGCAUCUCGCCUUGAGACAUGAGGCCUAAAUGUAUCGUGUAACGAGAAUUGUUUUUACGGCAACAAUAGGCAGUGUGAUAGCUCCUACCCGUAGGUAUGAGUUCAUCGCACUCCAACACCAAAGAAAACGUAAAAACGUAACUAAACGUGUUGCAUUAUGUCGUUUCUUGGCACUAUGUAGAUACAGUGUGCUUAGUGCGAGUUUUUUAACGUUCUCUAUAGCUUAAAAGUUGCUCAUAUUUGUAUGGAAUGGGAUCGUUUGCCUACGUUUGCCAUUAGGGGCGCUGUUCUAACUGCAUACAAAAUUGGGUUAACUUUUACGCUAUCGAAAACGUUAAAAAACUCGCACUAAGCACACAGGUCGCGUCCGGAACUGGAAAGUGUCACCGGACCGGGCCCAAGCCAUCGCACAUCGAGGUCGACGACCGCAACCGUCAAAAUAGUAAACCUAGUUGCAGACCGAAUGUCGUUGAUUGUUGGCGAUGCAGGCGGCAAGCGGCGACCUUGUCGUGGCUCGCGACGUCACGCGGGGGCGCGCCGAUGACGUCACGCUGCGGCCUCGCCGUCCGUCACUCGGUGUGCACGUGAAGAACACGCGCGACCACGAGCCGCCUGCGUGAUCACUCCGCGUCGAUUGGCCCGCGGAGCCGCGCCGUCCGCUCCCAUUGGUGUCCCGUCCCGCGCGCCCCGGCUGCUCGCAUACUUCGUCCGUCGACAACGCGCGAAGCGGUUUAUUCGUCUGUCGCUCGCUAGCCAGUCUACACACCUCCCUAGAGCGGAAGCGCGCAGCGAAUAACACAAGUUUUGUGAAUUAAAAAGAAAGUUUUUAUCUGUUGAAUGUUCCCAUUCUAACCAGAAUGUCCACUCUGCUCGAAGUUUGCGGACCCCUCUCACCGCCGUCAACGCCGCCGUUGAUGGAAAAUAAAGUCGAGCUGCCUCUCAAAAAGAUUGCCGCAAAACGGGCGAGAGAGUCGUCGUCGCCGCCCGCCGGCCUGGUCACGCCCCAGCCCUCGGACUCUGAAGGAGAAGACGAGUUCAGCAAGCGAUCCCGAUGCGAGCUGGAGCGCUUGCUUCUCACGACGCCGCCCCCGGAGCCGUGCUACAGGCCCUCGGUCAUCAUGCGGGCCCACAAGGACGGCACCUGCAGUCCGGAGCCUCUGCCGCCCCCGCCCGCGCACGGCAUGAACAUGCUCAAGACACUUAAAUUUAAAAUGAACCGAGGACACAGUUAUUCACAAACCAAAUACAUUGCGAGCCAAACGUCUCCUCCCGUUCCGGUCGCCGUUCAACCUCCCAGUCCCCCACCGAAGAUUGAAGAAGCUCGCGUACCGUCACCCCACCUGGAAUGUCAACCGAAACAAAACACGAGAGACGAACAGCGCGUCCCCCAGGCCCCGUCGCCGGCCGCCACCCCGGGCUGGGUCCCGCUGGCGCCGAGACCGGCUCCGGCGGUCCUAGUCCCGGGGGCGCUGCUGCCCACCGCGGCGCUGUGGCUCGUGGCGCCCGCGCCCGCCGCCCGGCGCCGACUCUACGAGUGCUCGUAUCCCGGAUGCGGGAAAAAUUACUUUAAGUCGUCACACCUGAAAGCGCACGCCCGCACGCACACCGGGGAGCGACCGUUCCGGUGCGCGUGGCCCGGCUGCGAGCGGAGGUUCUCGCGCUCCGACGAGCUGUCCCGGCACAAGCGCACGCACACCGGCGAGAAGAAGUUCGAGUGCCGCGUGUGUAACCGCCGCUUCAUGCGCUCCGACCACCUCGCUAAGCACGUCAAGAGGCACGCCAAAGAGAAGGCGCCGCUGACCCCGGUGCUGCGGCUCCUCCCGUCUCCUCCCGUGGCGCUCCCGGUGCGGCCCGUGGUGGCGGCGGCGCAGUGACCGGCGCGCGACCCCGCUGUGAUCCAGAUCUCGAGAUCGUUACCUAGCCAGUAGCCGUACUCAUCUUUAAGACUGUCCUAUAUAACUACUUAAGUAGUUGCUAGUUCGUAAGUUAAUAUAUUGUUACUGUAUCGUGUACAGAUGAUAUGAUUCCAAAAAAUUAAACUGAACGUUUUGUACUA